AUGGCCAACCUGCUCCCCUUCCGCGACAUCAAUGUCCACGCCUCCGCCAGUCACUAUGCCUUUACAUCACCCUCCAACUCGUCUGCGCCGACCCUCGUGGUCGAGAGGCCGUCCGGCGAUAUCCGGCUCAACAAUGGCUCUCUGCUGGGCACGAAACGGGUCUCGAGCAUUGCCGGCAUUCUGGGCAUCAUCAAGCUGAAGCUGGACAAGUACAUUCUGGUCAUCACAAAGGCGCAGCCCAUGGGAAGACUCCGCGGACACAUGGUGUACAAGGUCGUUGCUACAGAGUUCCUGCCCCUGCGAGAGCGACCGGUGCACGAUCCCGACGAGGACACUUAUCUUUCCUAUCUCAAGUCCUUCCUCGCUUCUGGACCCAUGUACUUCUCCUACUCGCUCGACAUAACUUCCAGUUUCCAGCGACAGUCCAGCUCGGAUCUCUCUCAGCCACUGUGGAAGAGAGCCGAUGACCGCUUCUUCUACAACCGCUUCAUCCAGACAGACCUGAUUGACUUUCGGACGGGCGGCGGCGCGGCAGGUGGACUGCGCGGCCAACAGCAAGCUGGCGCCGACCCAUACAUCCUUCCUGUCAUGUAUGGCAUGUUGCGCAUUACUCCCGCCAAGGUCAAGAACACCGCCUUCACGUUCGCCCUCAUCACCAGGCGAUCCAGGUUCCGCGGAGGCACAAGAUACUUGUCCCGUGGUAUCGACGAGCAAGGGCACGUCUCCAAUUACAACGAGACCGAGCAGAUUGCCUUGUUGAAUGACACUUCCGGCCCGACAGGCUAUGCUGGCGGCCCGGGGGUUGCCAAUGGAAAAGUGGGCGGCCAGCCUUCUGAAACACAGGUUCUUGCCUAUCUCCAGACCCGAGGCAGCGUACCCGUGUACUGGGCCGAAAUCAAUGAUCUUCACUACACACCCAAGCUGCAGAUCCGUGGCGUGGAGUCUGCAGUCGAUGCCGCGAGAAAGCACUUCGACGAGCAGAUCAGAAUCUAUGGCGACAAUUACCUGGUCAACCUAGUCAAUCAACGAGGCAGAGAAGAGCGCGUCAAGAAGGCCUACGAGCAGGUGGUUCGAAUCUUGGUCAACUCUCCAGAGGAGUCGGUCGAGGCCGACCGACGUACGGAUGAGAAGUUCCGAGACAUUGAAGCCCAUGAGCCGCACCAGAGGAUGGACAGACUACAUUACGUCUACUUUGACUUUCACAAUGAAACCAAAGGUCUCAAAUGGCACCGGGCCGAGCUGUUGUUGGAUGAACUGAUGGACGGUCUAAAGAAGGGACAGUAUUUCCGCGGUGUGGAAAUGCCAGGAGAUCCAUCGGGCGCGCUUGAGGUCAGGAAUCGGCAGACUGCCGUCGUGCGUACAAACUGCAUGGAUUGCCUAGACCGGACCAAUGUGGUCCAGAGCAUGCUCGGAAGAUGGGCGCUGACCCAGCAAUUCCAAGAUGUUGGCAUCCUGCAACCAGGCGAGCGUGCGCAAGAUGACAGAGAGUUCGAAUACCUCUUCCGCAACAUAUGGGCUGACAAUGCGGAUGUCGUCUCCAGAUCGUAUUCGGGGACCGGCGCCCUGAAGACCGACUUUACCCGUACCGGAAAUCGAACGAAAGCCGGAGCUCUGCAGGAUCUUCAGAACUCUUGCACGCGGUAUAUCCGGAACAACUUCCUGGAUGGGCCUCGACAAGAUGGCUUCGAUCUCUUCUUGGGAACCUAUCUGCCUUCAACGUAUGGAGUGGGGUCGUCUUUGAUGUUCACCGAUCGGAGGCCACUCAUCAUCCAGGCUAUUCCAUAUGUGCUGGCUGCUUCCUUGUUCAUCGUCCUCGUCUCGAUCUUGACGCGACGACCUCCAGAGGCGGCUAUUUGGCCUCUCCGAUUGUUUGUGAUAGUGUGUCUCGUUGUGGCAGGUUGGUCAUUCCAGUUCAUCUAUUCGCACGGGCUGUUAUAUGUCAACUGGCCGAAACUCAACACGCCAUCUUUUGCAGCUGAAGGAUUUUCGGACGCAUUGUCGAAAGCUCACAAGGAUCCGGUAGUUGGCCCGUUUAUCGCCGCGGCGAGUGGCAAGGAUAGAAGAGCCCGGAAUAUCAGCACGGCGAACAUGGGAUUCAUGGAAGAAGGCAAGAAGAGGAUAGAGUGA